UGAGCUGAUCUCUGUGUCUUUGCGAUCACCAUGGCAGCAGAGGAACUGCGCUGAGGAGGAGAGAAGGGGGUGUAGUUAGAAACAGGGUGGUGUGUGCAGGCAGUGAGAUCGGGAGGGAAGAAGAGAGCGACGAGAGGAAGCGGGAGAAAACCAAUUUUUUUUUUUUUUCCACAAAGAGGAGAAGAGAGAAGCAGAGACGAGGCUGUCAUUUUUGUUUUUGUCUUUUCGCUGUCAAACAUGUGUCUGAGUUUGGUGAUGCUCUUUCUCUGUCUCUCCCAAACAGAGCCGGCUGAAGUUUGGGCUCAGCAGCAGACAGAUGAUCGGUACAGUGUGGUCCCACUGCAGCAUGAAAGGUCUACUGGAGCUGACACCAGUGCUUACAGAACCCUGAGGUCAUCACCAGGCCACACUAGAGUAAGCAGGGCAGUCCUGGGUGGAGGACUAAGCAUCAACACCCUGCCAGACAACAGGACACGUGUAGUGGAGGAUUCUGGCAAGUAUUACACGCGGCGCAUAUUUGGCCCCGAGGACCAACGUACGGAGACUCUGUGGAUAGACAUGAAUGAUGUCCGGCACGGUCAAGUUAGAGUCCAUGGAAUUCUGUCAAAUUCAUACAAACAGGCUGUGAGGGUUGCCCUGUCCUUUGACUUUCCUUUUUAUGGACAUUACCUGAGGCAGAUUACCAUAGCAACGGGAGGGUUUAUCUUCACGGGGGAUAUUACUCACCGUAUGCUGACCGCAACACAGUACAUCGCCCCUCUGAUGGCUAAUUUUGACCCCAGCUACUCUAAAGAAUCCACUGUGCAGUACCUUGAUAAUGGUGAGGUCUUCGUGGUCCAGUGGGAGCGUGUCAGACUCCCUGGCAAAGAGUCAGUGGGAGGUUUUACAUUUCAGGUUGCUCUUUACAAAACAGGAACCAUCACUUUCAGCUACAGAGACAUACCUCUGUCAGUAGAUGCAAUCAGUUCAGCUGAGCAUCCAGUGAAAGCUGGGUUAUCCGAUGCCUUCAUGGUCAUGUCACCCUCUUCUCACUCAGCAGAUCUCCCACAGCAAAUGAUCUACGAGUACCAUCGAGUUGAGAUAGACAUCACAAAGGUUACGAACUACUCUGCUGUUGAGUUCACUCCCCUGCCUACCUGCCUUCUGCAUAAGAGCUGCGAGCUGUGCCUCUCAUCCAGUCAAACCUCUGGAUGUAGUUGGUGUCAUGUGCUGCAGAGAUGUUCAGAUGGCAUGGACAGACACAGACAAGAAUGGUUGGAUUAUGCUUGUUCAGAAGAGAGCCAAGACGCAACCUGUGAGGAUUACUCCAGGGGUGACAACUCCACUGGGGCCUCCAUUACACCAGAGACCGAGGACAUGACGCCUCUAACUCCUCGACAAAAAAACUGUGAGAGUGAUGAUGAAUCUAAACAUCAAAUUUUCAAGAGUGGUAGUGAUGUAAAAACAGACUCUUCCAGUAAGAGUGCAGGGCUGGCUAACACAGGAGUGAUAGCUGGCAUAGCAGCUGCCCUGGUGCUGCUCUUGGCUCUGAUACUUGUUGCUCUUUACAUCAACUACCAUCCUUCUACUGCAUCACCGCUUUACCUCAUUCAGCGACGCAAGAGCUACUGGCCUUCCUUAAAGUUUCAAAAGCAAGAUUCUGGUUACACGGAAGUGGAAGGAGGCGGCAGUGAGAAAGACAGCAUUGUUGAAGCUGGACCAUGUUAAAACCAUGAAAAGGAAAUUAUGGCUCGUGGAGAUAGUUGCAUGUUGUGCAAAUAAUUACAUUGCAAAUUGAGUUCCA